AUGUCCUCGGAAAUUCCAGCGGAUGACAAGGAGACUGCCGUCCGGUUGCGUCGUCGCACCAAAUCAACGAAAAAGCGAGCAAAAAGAGUGCUCGAUGAUGAGGUGGACACGCCCAAAAAUCUCAGCAACAGUGAAAAAGAGAUGACAGCGGCUGAGCUUUUGCUCAUGCGGAAAGCUCAACAGAUGCGCGAGGAGAGCCGCAAAAUCGCUUUGGACAUCACAGGUGGUGAAAAGCGUCAUCGCGAUGGGGAGAAAACAGAAAAGGCAAACCCUUCGUCUGUCGACAAUGUUAUUAGUGAUCUGAAGGACGACUUUGCCGUCGAACGCUCCGGACAUGACAUGGAAGAGAGAAUGGAGAAGUUUAUCAACGACGGGAUGAAGAAGAAGUUUGGCGACAAGGACGACCAUACAAUUACAUCUGCGCGUGAUGGAAACACUGCCGAUGAAUUCGACUUAUUUGCAGUUCCAGAAAGAUUAAAAGUCGAACAACGCCCGCAGUAUGAUCCCGGAGAUGGCCUACCUGCGGCAGGCGUUGAAGAGGUGGAACUCCCGGAAGAUGUUCGUCAGAGGAAUAUUGAAGAAACCGUGCGCGCGCAUAGGAAGCUCCUCGAGAAAAGGGACGAGCGUUUGAGCACCCCUAUACUAGCAAGUAUACCGGGCAAUGUCAGUGCCAACUACUCCAAACACAGAAGCGACUGGAUUGCGGAGCAUGUAGGGCCAAAAGGCCACGACAGCGGGAACGAGCCAGUACAGAAUAUUUCCAAUGUCAGUGGGGAUGGCAAGGGUAAAGUGAGAGACGAUACAGUCAAGAGGCCGCGAUAUCAAGCAGCAACUGACUACUUAGUUGCAGAUCGAUUCAAGAAGCGUUGGCGUCGAUAG